AUGGACGACUUAGUUAUUGGCAUCGAUUUAGGUACGACAAACACUUGUGUUGCUUGUUAUCGCAACGGUAUGGUGGAAAUUUUGGAAAAUUCCGAAGGAGGAAGACUUACACCGUCUUGGGUAUUUUUCAUGAAAAAUUCUGCCUUACCACCCAUCGUUGGUCAGUGUGCAAAAAGAAUGGUACACACGUUGCCACCUAAUGGAAUUUAUGAAACUAAACGAUUCCUUGGUAAAAGUUUCAACGCCAUAGAAGAAACUUUGAAGUACUUCACGUUCAAUGUUGAAAACAAAUUAGGCAGUCCUGUCAUUAAAAUCGAACGCGACAACUACACGCAAGAACUAACUCCCCAAGAAAUUAGUUCUUUAAUUUUGAAAAGAGUAAAAAAAGAUGUGGAAGAUAAAUUUGGUCACAAAGUCGAGAAAGCUGUUAUCACCGUCCCUGCUUGUUUUAACACAACUCAACGGGAAGUUACGUUGGCGGCCGCCAACGAAGCUGGUUUUACUGUUUUAAAGCUGUUUAACGAACCGACAGCGGCGGCCUUAAGUUAUUUUUUUAAAAAAGAGGACGCGAACGAUGGUUAUGCGUUAGUUUAUGACUUAGGGGGUGGCACUUUUGACGUAUCCGUCCUAAAACGAACAGCAACCAAUAUCGAUAUUAUAUGCGUGGAUGGAAACACUCAACUGGGAGGAAAAGAUUUUGAUAAUCUUAUCGUUGACUACGUUUGUGAAAAAACAGAGCACUAUGACUGGGAUCCUAAGCAAAACAGGAGAAAAAUGUGCAGACUGCAAAAUAUUUGUGAAGAUGCCAAAAUUGAUUUAUCCGUAGGCGAAGAAACGAGUAUUAUUUUGGAUGGAUUCGUGUCGGAUCAGGAAAUUGAGAUAGAACUGGAGAGGGAAGAGUUUGAGCUAAAAGCACAUACUUUAAUUGAGAGAACAAUUAACAUUGUCGAGAGAUGUCUCAAAAAUUCUCAGAUUAAAAAAAAACAAAUUGAACAUGUGAUACUGUCGGGUGGUUCCGGUCGAAUUCCGAAGGUUCAAAAAAUGUUGUUCGACUUCUUUGCCAGAAACACUCUGACAAAGUUUGUUCAUCUCGACGAAUGUAUUGCGGAAGGCGCUGCUCUUCAGGCGGCCAUGUUGGCCACAAACGUUACACAAAAAAUCGAGAAAUUAGUUAUAACAGAUGUGGUUCCUUUGUCCCUUGGAAUAGGUGUAUGGCCUGACCGAAUGAAUUUUGUUAUAAAAAAAGGCGCUCCUAUACCUACAAGGAAGUCCAUACGUGUUGAAACGAUAAAACAUGAGCAAACAACAAUAACGUUUAAAAUAUUCGAAGGAGAGCGUCUAAAUAUAAAGAAAAAUUAUUACUUAGGCUCGCUUCUGUUAGAAAAUAUUACGCCGGCGCCUCCAGGCCAGUGUAAGGUUUGGGUUACUUUCACUAUCGACCACAAUGGCGUAUUGGACGUUAAGGCAAAAGAGCAAAGAAGCAACAACUCGAAGGAAUUAACUGUUCGAUAUACAAGAGGAAGACACAGCGAGAGCGAAAUUAAAGAUGCACUUGUCGACGCUGAAAAGAAUCAAAAAGAAGACGAAUCAUUUGACACAUUUUCAAAACGAAAACUAUAUUUACUGCAGUAUUGCGAAGCCGUUAAAUACAAUUUGCGUAUUUUAAAUUUAAUUGAAGAAUACCAGGAGGUGUACAGUUUGUGUAAAAUCAUUCAAACUAAAAUUGAAAAUAUUCAUGUUGACAAUAAAAGCGAAUUAGAUAAUCUUAUAAGCGAGGCUGAGCGGCAAUGUGUACCUAUUGUUAAAAAUCGUGAAUUUAAAAACAUGCCUUUAUCUCAAUAA